GCUACCGUACAUGCUCUGUUGAUGGUGUGUUAGCUAGCAAGUGUGUAGCGUGGGAGCGGUGCAUUAAAUCCACAUGAAAUAAUUAGAAUAGAAAUAUUUAAUCUAUUAACAAACAUGUCAGACAAAGGAGAGGUGGAUUUAACCGGGGCAAAACAGAACACGGGCGUCUGGCUGGUCAAAGUCCCGAAGUAUUUGUCACAGCAAUGGGCCAAAGCAACGGGGAGAGGAGAAGUUGGGAAGCUCCGAAUAAGCAAGAAUCAAGGCAAAGCAGAGGUUUCUUUCACACUUAACGAGGAGCUGACCACCAUAGACACCAUUGGGGAGAAAACCUCUAUGGUACGAGCCCCUAGAGAGCAUCCAUUCACCCUUCAGACGGUCGGUGGACAGACUCUGGCUGUUUUUACUGAAAACUCUUCAGGGCAGUCAGAUGCCGAGGCCGGCGGCUCAGGUACAGGUACAGGCCCAGAUAAAAUCGCACUGGAAGGAGUGGUGGUGCAGAGAGCUGAAUGCAGACCAGCCGUCAGUGAAAGCUACAUGAGGCUGAAGAAAUUGCAGAUCGAGGAGUUAUCUAAACCCCUCAGGUUCUCUCAACAGCUCGACAAAGCAGUUACAACCAACUACAAACCUGUGGCUAAUCAUGCUUAUAAUCUGGACUAUGAAAAGAGGAAGAAAGAAGAAGGGAAGAGGGCGCGAGCAGAUAAACAGCAGGUGCUGGACAUGCUGUUCUCUGCUUUCGAGAAGCACCAGUAUUAUAACAUUAAGGAUCUGGUGGACAUCACAAAACAGCCUGUGAUUUACCUGAAGGAGAUUCUUCGAGACAUUGGCAUAUACAAUGUCAAAGGCACCCACAAAAACACCUGGGAGCUCAAACCCGAGUACAGACACUACCAGAACGAAGAGAAGAGCGACUGAACAUAUUCUAUGAAAACCCAAAAAGCCAACUUCCCAAUAAGUUUAAAACGUUUCAUGGAUGAUUCAGUUGUUUUUAGCGGUGUGUCAGAAAACUAUGUAGCAUUUUACAAUGCCGUGCAGUUGUGUUACGCAAACCGAGGGAUUUCCAUGAAAAAACUAGUUAUAGAGUUGUUCUUAUGUCAGAUGACGGAAGAUUUGAAGAACCUAAUCUUCUCUUAUAAAUGUUGUGUAUAAAAGAGUGAUGUUGGAUUUUUUCUUAAAGAAACAUUGAUAGAUUGAUGGCAAACAGUUGUUUUAUUCAGAUUUAGUUUUCUGAUUGAAACUCUUUAUUUUAUAUGGUAUUUCGUGUUCUUAAAUGCUCUUGAAAUAAAGGUUUUUUGUAAAAAAAAAA